AUGAGAUUCCGGAUCUACAAGAGAAAGGUGGUGCUACUGAUUGUGGUGGUGGUGAUAUGCGGUCUAGCGUUUUGGACCAGCGGACGGCAGAAGAAGACUAAGCAAUUUGCAAAGAAUGAAGACGUAGUGGUGGUGAGGGGUAGUGACAUCGGCACCAGUAGAAGUCGCCUCGAAGGCCAUUUCCCGUCGCAAAUUAUGGCCGCAGCAAGCAGGGCUCCCUUCGCGCCUCUAAAUCUGACACACCCAGAAAGAAUAAAAGAGAAAGAAAACAAAGCCAAGCCCAAUGUGGAUAACACCACUUUGGUGUACCGCGGCAUCGUCUUCCAGCUCAACUUUGACCAGACGAUACGAAAUGAGGAGAAGUUUAAGACUGCGCGGCAAAAGGACGACCUGGUUGUUGUGAUCCAGGUUCACAACCGUCCGGAUUACCUGAAGCUGCUGGUGGACAGUUUGCGCAAGGCCCGAGGUGUGGAAAGCAUACUGCUGAUAUUCAGCCAUGAUUACUGGUCCCCUGAGAUUAACAGCGUGGUGAACUCGGUGGACUUUUGCCAGGUCCUGCAGAUUUUUUUCCCAUUUAGCAUCCAACUUUACCCUCAGGAGUUUCCCGGCAAUGACCCGAGGGACUGCCCGAGGGAUAUCUCAAAAAAUGAGGCCUUAAAGCUGGGGUGCAUCAACGCGGAGUAUCCAGACUCGUUCGGGCACUACCGCGAGGCCAAGUUCUCCCAGACCAAGCACCACUGGUGGUGGAAGUUGCAUUUUACAUGGGACAGAGUUCACGUCCUUCAGGGCCACAAAGGUCUGGUGCUGUUGAUUGAGGAGGACCACUUCCUAUCCCCAGACUUUAUCCACUUGUUGAAGCUGAUGUCCACCCUAAAACAGGAGCAGUGCAGGGACUGUGACAUCCUGUCAUUAGGGAGCUACAGCCACAUCGGCUACACCAGCAAAACAAAUAAGGUGGAGGUAAAGGCCUGGAAGUCCACCGAGCACAACAUGGGCAUGGCCUUGAACCGAGAAACCUACCAGCAGCUCCUCCGCUGCACGGACACCUUCUGCACCUAUGAUGACUACAACUGGGACUGGUCCCUGCAGCAUUUGACUGCAUCCUGCCUGCCGUCCUACUGGAAGGUGAUGGUGAGCGAGGCUCCGCGCAUUUUCCAUGCCGGUGACUGUGGCAUGCACCACAAGAAGACCACCUGCAUGCCAGCGAGCCAGAAGACCAAAUUUGAGAACAUCCUACAAAGCAGCAGCAACCAGCUCUUUCCCAAGAACCUCCUGAUCACAAAGAAGCUGCCGUCUAACGGUGCCGUAGGGGUGGCCCCUCAUGUAAAGAACGGGGGCUGGGGGGACAUCAGGGACCACGAACUCUGCAAGAGCUACAUUCGAUUACAGUGA